GCGUCAACUGCGUGAACACUGCACACCACACAGAAGCGGUCGCAAUGCCUACGCGUCUUGCUGCUUGUGACCCGUGCAGGGCGUCCAAGGUGUCCUGCGACCACGCAAGGCCAGUGUGUGGUCGAUGCAGCAAGAACGAUGAAUCGGACAAAUGCGGCUAUCGUGAUCGGCCUUUCAAGCGCAAGCGACUGAUCAGGCCAAGUGCGUCGGCAACGAUUGCAGUAAACACCACACCGCCAGUCACGAUUGUGAGCGCCUCGCCCUCGACAUCCACUUCCACUCCGCAUGUAUAUCCCAAUCCGGGAUACCAAGGCAGAUCAAGUCAUGCAGCCAUUUUCGAUACCGUCAAGGCCAGCGGCGGCAGCACUUUACCGGAAGGGGUGCUUCAAGAAGCAAUGUUAGAGCUCGAAGAUUCAGAAAAAGCUCAGCAUGCCAAAUUCCUCGAUGAUCUGAAACGACUGGAUCUCGAAGCAUGCGCCCAGCUUAUCUUCCAAUGGAAUCUUCGGGGUGUGACUCUGCCCAUCGCUGGUCCGCUCCUCACGCCUUGCACUGAAGCCGUUUGCGAUCUGUUCCGAGACAAAACUGGAGUAGAACUUGCCAGCUUGCUCUUCCGAAGCUCGCGCGAACGUCUCACUGCUGACGGGACGAUGAGUAUUAAUUCAUUUUGCGAUACUUUCUGUCGUGGCGAUCCAGGCUGGGCCACCCUCGGGCUCUUCUUGGUUGGGCUCAGCCGAGCUGUAGAGGACACUGCAUACCAUCCGGCACUCUACAGCACUCGCAACGGGCAGAGGCACUUGCAAAAGACUGCCCUCCGCUGCUCAGACCAGUGUCUGGACAUUUGUCUGUCGUUGGACUGUCUGAACGAUUUGCAGCUAUUGCUACAAUAUGAGAAUUUCAUUGCGCACAGCAUGAUCGAUGGCGAUCAAAGUUAUCACUCUUGGAGACGUUUGGGGGAUGUCAUCAGCACGAUCUAUGCCCUUGGACACCACGACAGAGUCGAUCUUGCAUCCCUGACAAGUCAGACAUUGGCUGGUCUUCGAAGUCAAACGGUUGCGCGAUCAUACUCGGCUGACAAGAAUAUUUCCGUCUUCCUAGACCGCCCUUACAGGAUGCAUAGUGCGCAAAGUGCGCUGAAAAUGUCUCGCGGUGAUGUUGAAGGGUUGUUCCACGCGGUCCCAGCCCCGCAAACAGGCCAAUUUGAUUACACGCUCGAAACCCGAUGGACUGUAGCAUGUGCUCUUUUGAAGGAGCGCGUUCUGGAUCUGCUCAGAGACGAUGAUCACAUGUCUCGUACUCAAGCAUCAAACGUGAUCUUGACGGAAUGCGAUGCUCUGAUGACCGCCUUACCAGAGCGUUACCGUCUAGAAAACCACUUGAAAGACUUUGAAGGCACUGCUAUCCAACGCGACUUUGUUGCAAGUGCUGCGCUCAAUCUGCUCCACGUUCGAUUUCUUCUUCACACACCAUCUAUGACAAGAACUUCUGUACCAAGUCACGAGCUUGUCAUGGUGUCAGGUGCAAUGCUGAAAAUAGCAGCAGAAGUUGCAAUGCUCAAGGACUCUCUCGCAAAUUCUGGGACAGGGUUCAUAUGGAAGAUUGCUUCAUACGGCCUGCCUGCUGCGGGAGCGAUAUGUCUCGCACUAGUGAGUGGGGCCCACAGUUUUGCUCAAAACAAUCCCUCGAUCCCACAAGCCAUCCAGGAUAUGAAUGUCCUGGUGGCGCAUAUGGAAGCUGGUGUUCUCAUUCGCCCUGAUCAACCCAACUAUGCAUUGCUGCAACAUGCAACCGCCACGAUCAAGAGCGUGCUCAAUCGGCACAGUCUGGGUUUACUGAGUUCCCAGCACGAGAUGAGUACGCUAGCUCCUAACGAACAGGUGAGCAUAGUUGAACAGUGGCCGACAUUUGGGAUUGAUAAUUUUGAUUUUCCGCCGGAUUUCUGGGCGAAUCUGGCUGAGCAUCCUGCUUUGUUCCAAGAUAUCACAUAA